AUGGCGCCACAAAAGACAUCCCAGACUCCCACGCGGAAACUCAGCCGCGCCGAAGUGGCCAAGAAGAACAACGCCGACGAGGGCAUCUGGUGCAUCAUCGACCACAAGGUGUACGACGUGACGGACUUCCUCGACGCACACCCGGGCGGCAGCGUCGUGCUGCAGCAGGUCGCAGGGCAGGACGCGACGUCGGCGUUCUACAACCUCCACCGGCACGAAGUGCUCCAGAAGUACGACGCGAGCCUCUGCAUCGGCACGGUCGACGGCGAGCGGCCCGAGGUCGUCGACCCCAGGCCGGGGGACCUCUCGACGGUGCCCUACGCCGAGCCGCUGUGGCUGACGCCGGCCUACAAGAGCCCCUACUACGGCGAGUCGCACCGGCGGCUGCAGCGGGCCGUGCGCACCUUCGUCGACGAGGACAUCUACCCGGAGGCGCAGGAGAAGGAGAUCGACGGCACCUACAUCUCGCAGGGCCUCGUGGACAAGAUGGCCCGGAACAACCUGCUCGCCAUGCGCCUGGGGCCCGGCAAGCACCUGCUCGGCAGGGAGCUGAUGGGCGGCGCCGUCGCCCCCGAGGACUUCGACUACUUCCACGACCUGAUCGUCGCGCAGGAGCUGACCCGCGGCCUGGCCAGGGGUUUCCAGGACGGCAACAUGGCCGGCAUGAUGAUCAGCUUGACCGCCGUGAGGCAGUGGGCGAACGACGCCGAGCUGCGGGACCGUCUGACCGACGAGUGUCUCAGCGGGAAGAAGUUCAUGUGUCUUGCCGUCACCGAGGCCUUUGCGGGCAGCGACGUUGCGGGCAUCAGGACGACUGCGACCAAGACGCCGGAUGGGAAGCAUUAUAUUAUCAACGGAACGAAGAAAUGGAUCACCAACGGCAUGUUCGCCGACUACUUCGUCACCGCAUGCAAGACAGAAAAGGGAAUCAGCGUGAUCGUUGUGCCGCGCGACGACAACGUCGAGACCAAGCGUAUCAAGACGGCCUACUCGACGGCCGCGGCCACGACGUUUAUCCAAUUCGACAAUGUCAAAGUUCCUGUUAACCACCUCCUGGGAAAGGAACACAACGGCUUCAUCGUCGUCAUGAGCAACUUCAACCACGAGCGGUGGGCCAUCACCGCCCAGGUGAUCCGCUGGAUGCGUACCGUCGUGGAAGAGUGUCUGAAGUGGACCCACCAGCGUAUCGUGUUCGGCAAGCCUCUGAUCGAGCAGCCCGUCAUCCGCCAGAAAUUGGCCAAGAUGAUCAGUAGGACCGAGGCGUGUCAGAGCUGGAUUGAGAGCAUCACCUAUCAGAUGUGCAACAUGAGCUAUGCCCAGCAGAGUAAACUCCUUGGUGGACCGAUCGGUCUUUUGAAGAGCUAUUCCACCAGGUGUGCGCACGAGAUUGCCGACGACGCUGUCAACAUCUUUGGCGGUAGGGGAAUCACGCAGACCGGCAUGGGACGUGUUGUGGAACAGUUCCAUCGCAUCUACAAGUUCGAUGCUAUCCUCGGAGGUGCCGAGGAGGUACUGGCUGACCUUGGUGUGCGGCAGGCGAUGAAGCAGAUGCCUAAGGCGAUGUUGUAG